UGUAGAGAAGUAGCAGAACGCACUGAUUUCCCUCUUCCAAGCUGCGGAAUGGGAAAGAAGGGAAGCUGGUUCACAACGGUGAAGAAAGUAUUCAAGCCGUCUUCUAAAGAUUUAGAUAAGAAGAAACCGAAUGUAGUGGAGAAAUGGGAGCCUACAGAGACACCGGAUACAGUAUCAUUUGAGAAUUUUCCAGUUGAAACUUCACCUGAUGCUACAAAUUAUGAAAGCCCAUCAGAACAAUCUAUAUUGACCACCGAAGAUAGAAAUCAUGCAAUAGCUGUAGCUGUUGCCACUGCUGCAGCUGCGGAAGCUGCAGUUGUAGCUGCCCAAGCUGCAGCUAAAGUUGUCCGGUUGGCAGGUUAUGGUCGUCUCUCCAAAGAAGAAAGGGCUGCCAUUCUCAUCCAAUCCUUUUACCGAGGCUACCUAGCCCGACGUGCUUUGAGGGCAUUAAAGGGACUGGUGAGGUUACAGGCCCUAGUGCGGGGUCAUAACGUGAGGAAACAAGCCCAGAUGACCAUGAGGUGCAUGCAAGCCCUGGUACGUGUGCAAGCAAGAGUAAGAGCUAGGAGACUUCAAUUGACCCAUGAGAAAUUUCAGAGAAGGGAGGAUCAAAAUGAUGAAGAAGAAGAAAGACAACGACAAAGGAGAGGAGCUUAUGGCAAUUACGACUACAACGAUGAAGAAGGCGACGAGCAGGACCGACGACGAAGAUUGAAGAACCAGAGCCCAUAUCUAUAUGCAACGAAGUCUGGGAUGGAAAGCAGCAGCUGGGAUGGUAGGAACCAGAGCUUGGAGACCGUCAAGGAGAACUCUCAGCGUAAAAGUGAUGCCUCGUUUAGGAGAGAAAGAGCCCUUGCUUAUGCCUUCUCUUAUCAGCAACAGCAUCAGAAUGUUGGCAACACCAAGUCUUACUCCGAGGAACCUGAGAAGCCACAAUGGGGAUGGAACUGGCUAGAACGUUGGAUGGUAUCACAACCAUGGCAUGCUCGCCAUUUGUCAGCACAGGAUGGGUCCUACGUCCCCAUACCCCACGCCAAUACAGAUGACAUGUCCGAAAAGACGGUUGACAUGGAUAUGGUCACCCCUUCUCGUUUAGAUCCAUCCAACAUGGGCCGAUAUGGAAGCCCAUUUGAUUCGGCCCAGUAUCGGUCCCGGCAGCAGCGCCAGACAGGGUCAGACACUAUCCCUAGCUAUAUGGCCACCACCAAAUCUGCAGAAGCCAAGUUACGCAGCCAGGGCCCAGUCAAGCAGCGGGUUCCUUCUGGACCCCAGUGGAACCCAUCAACUAAGGGUGGUUCUACGGCAACAUCGGGUUGUGAUUCGUCAAGUUCGGGUGGUGGGACGGUAGUAACCUAUCAGGCUCCAAGAAGCCCAAGCCCGAAAGCUAAUGGGCUUCCUAGUCUAACGCGAAGACGUGGUGUUUAUGGCCCUAAUUCAAGUGCCGGCGAUGACCGUGCACUGCCUUUUGGCCGUGGGUAUGACUUGGGAUCAUUUUGAGUCUUUUAGUUUAUAAAUAACCAUUUGCAUCUAUGUGUGAUACUCUUUAUCUUCUUCUUCCACCACUCUUGAAAUCUUGAGUUUGCAGGUGGGCUUAGUGAAAUAUGUUGGCCGUGGACUGGGCUCUCUAUGGAUGGGCCCUUAAUCUUUGAAUUUCUUAAUCAUAAAGUCUUAGAACUGGAUUUCUGUCUAAAUUGUUUUAAAUUGUGAUUGGACUA